CUCGGAAGUACAGGUGAUCACUAGCGCACGCAGCAGUCGGCUUCAAGCGCAUUCUCACUACCCUCACCAACAACCUCUCAGUCACGACGACCGCCGCCGCCACCUCCAAGAUUCCUGUCUUCAUGUGCUGCGUUCCCCGUAUGUCUUCGUCCAAAGUAAUGUCCAUUCCGUCCCUCUGUCACGGGGUCGAGCCUGUUGUCAUCCCUGCGGUCCGUGGUCCGAUGCUGUCCCACGACCUAAAGAAGCGUGAACUGGUCAAGAAAGUCACGUCUGUACGCAAAGGCUUGCUCCACUUCCAGCAAUGCCACGACAGCCACCGCUGCGACAAAGCGCUGUGCAAGUCCACGCGGCGUCUCGUUGACCAGUAUCGCACCCACGCGUGCGUCUCCCGUAGUACCAAUAGUCUUAGCCCCUCGAAUAGCCCAAAUAGUCCGUCGUUAGAGCCCCCCACAAGUCCGCACAAGUGCCAAGUGUGCAUGCUGUGGACGUUAGUCACAGGCAACCCAAACAUCAUCGUGUAGGCCAGUCCGCCACCAUGGAUUGGCUCCAGAAAUAACCUUAUCUUAAUUAACUACAACCCCAACUCGA